UCCCACCUUGGUAAAGACAACAGCUGCCGCCACCCUUCCCGACGCAUGCGCACUCGUCAUCGCCUGUGAAGCAGACAUGGCGACGUCCCUGAUCUGCGGCCGUUUGACGGCGAGCCUGAGGAAUUCAGGCCACAGGAACACGAUUAGCUCCGCUUCCAAGGUUCUAGCAGGUUCCACUGGCCUGUUUGGGGGCCAUGGGUCCCAGCCGCAGCCCCCCCACCUCCAGCAGCAGCAGAGGAACCUCUCCCUGCACGAAUACAUGAGCAUCGGCCUGCUGAAGGACGCCGGCAUCUCUGUGCCGGCCGGCAUGGUAGCCAGCUCCUCGGACGAGGCCUACGCCGUGGCCAAGCAGAUCGGUUCUAAGGACCUGGUGGUGAAAGCUCAGGUCCUGGCGGGCGGCAGAGGGAAGGGCACAUUCGAGGGCGGACUGAAGGGAGGAGUCAGGAUCGUCUACUCGCCGGAGGAGGCGCGAGAUAUUUCGUCGCAGAUGAUUGGCCGGAAGCUGUACACCAAGCAAACGGGGGAGGCGGGCCGCAUCUGCAACCAGGUGUUCAUCUGCGAGCGCAGGUACCCGCGCAGGGAGUACUACUUCGCCAUCACCAUGGAGAGAUCCUUCCAGGGCCCCGUGUUGAUUGGAAGCUCGCAGGGGGGCGUCAACAUCGAAGAUGUGGCGGCGGAAAACCCAGACGCCAUUGUGAAGGAGCCCAUCGACAUUGUGGAGGGCAUUAAGAUGGAGCAGGCACUCAAGGUCGCGCAGAAGAUGGGCUUCCCGCCGGCGCUGCAGAAGGAAGCGGCGGAGAACAUGGUCAAACUGUACAAUGUGUUCAUCAAGUACGACGCCUCCAUGCUGGAGAUCAACCCCAUGGUGGAGGACUCCUCUGGCAUUGUGAUGUGCAUGGACGCAAAGAUCAACUUUGAUUCCAAUGCGGCCUACCGCCAGAAGAAGGUGUUCGACUUGCAGGACUGGACCCAGGAGGACCCCCGAGACCGGCAGGCGGCCUUGGCUGACCUGAACUACAUCGGCCUGGAUGGAACUAUUGGCUGCCUGGUCAACGGAGCCGGACUGGCGAUGGCUACCAUGGACAUCAUCAAGCUGCACGGCGGGACGCCUGCCAACUUCCUAGACGUAGGGGGCGGGGCCACAGCGCAUCAGGUGACGGAGGCCUUCAAGCUCAUCACCUCCGACAGGAAGGUUCAGGCCAUUCUAGUCAACAUCUUCGGAGGCAUCAUGAGGUGCGACGUCAUCGCUCAGGGCAUCAUCAUGGCUGUACAAGACCUCGACCUCAAGAUCCCCAUUGUUGUGCGUCUACAAGGCACACGAGUAGAUGACGCCAAAGCUCUGAUUGCUGCUAGCCCACUGAAAAUCCUGGCCUGCGAUGACCUGGAUGAAGCCGCCAAGAUGGUUGUCAGACUUUCGGAAAUCGUCUCGCUGGCUAAGGAGGCUCAAGUAGACAUCACCUUUCAACUUCCCAUCUGAAACGCUUGUUCGUGGACAUCCACGCCCCUUUCCGAAACGGACAGCAAACACAACCCCCUGAACCCGUUCUUUACACCCUCGUCCUUCGUUUGUGGCAUGGUGGCACAAAAACAACUUCCUGUAUCCCAAACUUAUUUUUACACCCACUUAAUGCGCACAAACGCACUCCUCGCUCGGCACUAAAUAGAUGCACGCCGUUCAAGUCUUUUGGGUGUAAAAUACACCCGCAAAUGCAUCGGAAUGACUGCAUCUUAGCAUGAGUGUCUCGGCGUGUUCAAGCUUUAAAAUAAAUAAAUAAAUGAGGUGGUGGUGGGGGGGUUAAUGGAAAUAAUAGACCUGUAUGGGGAAGCUAUAAACGUAGAGCAAACAAAUUUAGCUGAAACAACAACAACAACACCGGCAGCAUUUCUUCCAGCUGAGACACGGCCCAGAAUGCGACUCAAUUUCCGCCUCAAUAACGCGACCAUAAACAACAGGAUGGCGGCGCUUUGCCAACGGGUGAUUGCGACGCCGCGUCUCCUCCCCGCAGGCACGCCGCCGCCGCAAUAACCAGGCGGGAGCUUCCAUCGGAGCGCGUUAAGCGGCCAUGAUAUGCCGCGUGCCGUAACGCAUGCCAGAAUAUUCCCAAGAGGUUAGAAGCUGUGAUUUUGUGUCGCGCCACAGACACUCCUCGAGAACUUUGGACUAAAAGUUCAGACCUGAAAGGUUUGGUGUGGCCCUAACGGUUUUCUGGACCCACCCACUCGCAUAGAUCUUACCGCAAUGUAUUAUUCAGUGCUUCUGUAAUGGAACCCAACUUUUUUUUUUUUUUUUUUAAUGAAGAAGCACCCCGGGGGAGGGCGGCAGACAGUCUAAAUGUGGCUUUGACGCAACGGUAAAUCACUUCAUGCCAUUUCCUGCCUUUGCCUUUAUUCUGCUCCGCUCCCUGUGUGUCUCUGUAGAAUUUAAAAAUUAAAACUCCCUCGUGAUUUGAAGGAUGUAGUUUAACCGCACGCACGCACGCUCGCCAAGUAAUGCAUCGUCAAACUGCACGCUCCUAUUUGACGAUCUGCAACAGGUCUGCUGAGCAGACUUCAGCAUCCCGUCGGCGGCAGCUUUGAUCUGGUUUCUCUUCAUCUCGUGUUACGUUUUGGAUGUGUAACGUUACAAGCGCUCCUUUCUGUCUAUGCUAUUUAUUAACAUGUACUGUACGCUCCAUGCCGCCACCAUGCCACGACGGAGGCUACCUUUUUGUGCUACGUCAUUCUGUACAUCACGGUCAGAGUUGGUGCAAGGCCCCACCCACACUCCAUGGCCACACCCUUUUUCACGUGACACGCCACAUUGUGACCUGAUUAAAUCUUGUAAAUACCCAAACCGCCACUCUGUAAAAUAUUUAUGCUGCCCUUAAGGGGUUCAAUAAUCAGAGAAAAAUAAAGACAGGACAUCGGUG